GUUCUAAGUAUGACUAGCCCGUUGUAGUCAAAUAAACGAUGAUUCAAUUAAGUUAAUUAAGCAUUUGUUCUGGAAUAUUUACUCUAAAAUGUGUGUUUUAAAAUACAAUUUAGUUCAAUUUCUUUUUGGAAUUAUCAUAACCGUCAUAACAGAUUCUACCUUCAUAAAUGCGGACGUGACAUUGAUACCAUCCACACAAAACGUUGCUGAGAAUACUCCGUUGAUUCUGACAUGUUCUUAUGUUGGAUAUCUAACUGUUCAGACAUACACACUGACUUCGGCGUCAGUAGCAGGUAUAGCAGGAUCCUUGCUGGCAGAUUGUUCUGUUUUUGCUAAACAACCAGAUCCAACACUGUACAGUUACACCUGUCCUACAAAUAAACAACUUUUAUGGACAAUCAAAAAUAUAACACGUGCUUAUGAUGGUGAUACAUGGAGAUGUCUUAUAGGAUUUACUACAACUGGCAGGGAAGAGGCAACGUAUACUAUAUAUGUUCAAGUACCAAUACAGAGCGUUGCGAUGACUGAUCCAACAAGCAAUUUAGUUACAGUAAAGGAAAACAAUGAGAAGAUAUUUGUUUGUAGGACAUCAGGAGGUCUUCCAGAAGCUACAGUUAGAUGGUAUAAAGACCAAGGAACAACAACAACUGAUGAUGACAUAGAGAUUACAAGGUUUGGGACAACAACAAAAACUACAACUGAUGGCCUGAUAUCAGUAACAAGUACACUCCAGUAUUCACCUAGAAAAGAAGAUAAUGGUAGAAAGAUAUACUGUACAGCUAGAAAUUCUGCUAAUACUCUUACGUCUAGCAAAAAACCUCAGCUAAAUGUACAAUAUUCACCCGAUGGUCCUCCUGAAAUUCAAGGCUUCAGUGACAGUGAGACAUGUUACGUUAUAGAAAACAGACAACGUAUACUCUCUUGCUCAAUCAAUGGAGGGAAUCCACUUGCAACAUUAUCAUGGUCUUGCUUUAAUGCAGGGACAGCUUCAACCGUUGGAACAUCUGUUAAAACGACAGUCACAUUUACCGUACAACGUGGACAAGAUCGAUCAUGUACAUGUCAGUCUUCUCAUCCUGUGUCUGGAUCACAAUCAGUGACUGUUAAAGUUGAAGUUCUGUAUCCUCCAACAAUACCAGAGUUUACAAUAAAAAACACAAAAGUUGUUGGUACAGUGAAGGUCAUCAAAAAUAAUCAAGUAUCUAUAACAUGCAAAAGUACAGGUCAGCCAAAUCAAAUUCAGUACACAUGGAAACAUAACUCUGCAACAACAACAGGAGCCACAUUGACAACUAAUAACUUACAGGAUGGUGAUCAGUUUAUAUGUGAAGUAGAGAAUUCAAUGAACCCAUCAGAUGGCAGUACUGUAUCUGGAAAAAACUCAUCAUCAUUACGUUUUGCAGUUUUAUACCCUCCUACGAUACCGUCAUUUCAAUACUGGAAUACCACAGGAGCAACUAUACCAAACAAAGUGCUUAAUGUUAUACAGAAUGAUCAUGUUAAAGUUGCCUGUCUGUCAGACAGUAAGCCAGACCCAGAACUUUACCAAUGGGAUACACGUGGAAACAAUCAAAUACUUACUGUUUCAUCAAUUACUGCUAAUCCACAAGAUCACAUGUAUAAAUGUGAGGUUAGAAAUACAAUGAGAGAAACUGUACCUUCUACUUCAAAUCCUAUCAGAGGAACUUCCACAUCAACAUUAACUGUUCAUGUUAUGUAUUCACCAACAAAUCCUACCUUGAAAUAUAAAUAUGGGGAUGGAUCAAACAAUUUAUUCACUAAUUCACUAUCUGUACGUGAAUAUAACCCAACAGCAUUUACUGUCACAUGUGAAUCAAACAGUAUGCCAGAACCAGUCAUCGUCUGGAAAAAUAUAACACCAUCUUCACCUAUACUGACAUUGAAAAAUCUGGACAGAUCAAAAGCUGGAAACUACAACUGCAAAGCUGAAAAUAUUAUGAAACGGACAUUUGGAAAUCCAGAAAAAGUUGUUUAUGGGAGAAACUUUCAGAGUUUUGAGUUGAACAUUCUGUAUGCUCCGGAUGUUGGAAUGUUGACCAACAGAAGUAUUGCUGAAGGUUUACCUUUUGACUAUAAUUGCACGGUUAAAGUUGGCAACCCCAAAGAAACUACAACUAAAUGGCUUAAAAGUGAUAAUACAGUACUGAGUAGUCAAAUGUUAACAAUACCAAAUGUGUCAAGGACAGAUGCUGGAUACUACACUUGUACAGCUGAUAAUUUAAUGAAACAAACAGGAGAACAAACAGCAACAAAAGGCGAAGACAGUCAAAGUUUCUAUCUGAAUGUUUGGUAUAGGGCAAAAGUAACAGAUUUCUUUAUGGCCGGGUUUCCAGGAAAAACAUCAGUGACUGUCAAUGAAUCGGCACGCAGAGUUUCUUUUCACUGUGAUAUUGACAGUAAUCCAGGAUCUUCCAUAUCUAUAAAGAAAGGAGAACAACAACUACAGUCGAGUUCAGAUAGAAAAACAUUGGAAUAUGUACUUCCCUCAGCUUCAUGUCUUGAUGCAGGAAUCUACACAUGCUUUGGAAAAAAUGCUCACAACACUGAGAUAUCAUUCAAGCAGUUAACAUUUUUUGUUAAUUGUUCUCCCAGAAAGUCUCCACAUGCUCCUUUGCUUACAAAUGUAACAAGUCAGCAGAAUAAGUCAGCAGUUCUAUCUUUCACGGCCUUGGCACAUCCUGUACCUUCCAAAAAUGACUUCCAAUGGUUUCGGCAGGCAAAUGGACAAUGGCUACCCUUGUUGAAUGAUGCAACAUUUAAAACUUAUACAAUAGGUCUUCAGACCAAUUUAACAAUUCUCAUUGUUAACAGGACUUUAUUUGGAAUGUACAAGCUUACUGUCAAGAAUUCCAUAGGGGACUUUGAACAGAUAUUUCAUUUAGUACCAGCAGAUAAACCUAAAGUGCCAACAAAUUUUAUUCAUAAACAAGAGCUUGUUACUGAAUCAUCAUUUACUGUACAAUGGCAGCCUGGAUUUGAUAAUGGACCAGAGCAAACUUUCAUUUUAAAGUACAGAAAAGAAUCACAACAAAAGUGGACAGUUGUUCAAAUCCCUGAUACAGGAGAAACAUUGAUGAAUUAUACAGUAUCAGAAUUAUCAAGUGGUUCAAAGUACCAAGUUGUUUUAUAUGCUAUUAACAGACUGGGAAAUUCAUCUGAAACAGACAUAUUGACAGUUUCAACAAAAGACCUUCCUGAACGACGUAAUUGCCAAAAUGACCGUGAUCAAACAAUUAUAGUUGGAGUUGUAUUUGGACUUAUUUCCAUUGUCAUAUCCGUGUAUGCCAGUUAUGUGACUGUAUUACUUAGAAGAAUAAAGCGUACAAAAGGACAAACAUUAACCCAGGGAUUAAAAGAAAAUGCGACAAAUACACAGACGUAUUCCAAUUUGGCGUACUCCAUAAACAACAGUGCUGGACAGCAAAGUACAGAACAGUAUGAUUUAGCCGAAUAUACAACACUAGAUUCUCGACUAAGAGAUGACAAUAAAACAUAUGAUAACAUAAGUGCUGUGCAUUAAAGUAAGCUUAACCAUGGUAGAGCGAUCAGAUGAUUUGCGAUUGCAUACACAAAUAGAUAGAUCAAAAAGAAAAGUUCAAGUAAAAGAUGCAUUUAUGCAAAUAUAAAGGACAGGCAUUUUUAUUUAACAGUGAAUUCAUAUAUUUUUUGUGACAUGUAUCAGGACCUAUGUCUUACUGAUUUUAUUAUCCCGAACAUAUAAUGUUAUGAACCGAAAGUUUAAACUCAAUCUAACUGUAACAAAAUUGAACCUAGAGUUACAAUUACCCAACUAGUCUUACCUUUUAACCCUUUACCUCAUAUAUACGCGAAACAACGCACUUUUGACCCCCCCCCCCUUUUUAGGCCUGAACUAUUGAAAAAAUGUCCUAUUUGGGCCCCAAACACAUUUUUCGUUUUAGAAAUGUUGCUAAAAAAGUGAGCACUUUUUCGGUGCCGCCCCCCCACUCAAAAGAUACAUCAGGGGGUUGCCAGAAGGGGGAUGUG